UGAUUGUACCGAUUUGAUAAUUCUCGUUUUUCAAGCUGUCAAAAUUGAUAUCAUACGCUUGAUAAAACCGACGUCCCUGAUCAUGGAAAAAUUAUCUUUAAUUCUACCAGAAGCAAUCGCAACUAUCAACGUAACCUUGAAAAAAAUAAGGAAAUUAAAAUCUAAGAUUGAAGAAGAUGGGAUCGAUGCCUUGAAAAAUGAAUCACUUUUUCCAACGCUAAACAUGGUUUUUCUUCCUAAAAUUGAAUUUGAUGAGGAUGGGAGAAGUUUGGGACGAUCGACUAGAGCUGCUCAUGCAAGUAUUGGUGUUACUACCUACAAUGGCUAUACACUUAGCAAUGGCAAUCUUGAAAACGCAUUACACAGAAACGAAAGGGAAAUUCUGAAAGUUUUGGAUACUCUGGAAACAUCUCUUUGUGAGCGAUUAGCUUUUCUUUCAGAAGACCCAAUGCUUUUGAGUGCAGCCAUUCUUCUUGAUUCGCAAUCAUAUCAAAACAAAGAAGAAGAAGAAAUAAAACAAGCAUGCGAUCAACUCGUGGUUCAUUUAAAGUCACCGUUAGAAGCCAAUGGUUUUGUGAAACAACGUAUUCGUGAGUUGUAUAACACCGCAUUAAAAAAUAUUCUUCUGUUAUCAAUAAUUGUACAAUCAGUGGUUUUAUUUCUUUAUUUUUUUUUUUUAAUUCAGCUGCUGAACUCACGACUAUGUAUGAAUAUAUCAUUACUUUCAUGUCAAGAAAAAUGCUGGCAACAAAUGUUCACGCUGAGAGAAAAACUUCAACUUCAAAAUAUACUUCAAAUGGUGGAGAUAUGCUUGGUAAUUCCAAUUUUAAACGCUGAGGUAGAGAGGGUGUUCUCGGGAUUUACAAAGAUGAUGACAUGUGAUAGGUGAAAUGAAUAAUUUCUUUAAUACUCAUUUCGAUGCAUUGAAUGUCAUUCAUAAUCAAACUUCACUUUAUAAUAAAUUUUUAGAUUGUCCUUGAAAAACGAAAGUCAAGAAGCUAUUCUGCGUGUUCGUGGUCCCUCAACGGAUGCUUAAUCGCCUUUCAAGGCUUUUUUUACAUAAUGCAGACAUACAUAUCCACGAUGUGUUACGACUGUUCCGCCUGUAAGUGCAUCAUGCAAACUUGAUUCAUCCGUGCUUCGUCGGCGUUCACCUCCGUACGAGUUAGGAACCGCAUGGCCUGUAUAUCUUCCGUGAGACCGAGGCUACCAACCACGAA